GUACAACUCGAGAGACCGGAACUAGACGAAAUACAUCCGUGUCGUGAUACAUGUGAUAUAGACGAUAUCGUGUCGUGUGAAUAAUUAAUCGUGUGUGGAUAUGAUGACAUGCUAUGGUAAUUUUCCAAUCUUGGUAAGCAGCCGGUGAUUAAACGUAGAGUAGUGCUAAAUUUGCCGCUGUUCUCCAUUGUAAAUUCUUCCAUUUUGUGCUGCAUCUUCUAAUUUUGGGGUUAAAACCUCGUCAUCGGAGGGUGAAAAUCGACAGGUUUUUCGAGCCUUGGCUUGUCCUUUAUGUUGGACUCUUUUUUCCCCGGUGUUUUGUAAUUUGUGCAACAAAACUGCACACAUACAAAUAACAUUGUCCAGAGCAGUCUGUGAAGUGAUUCGUGGAAAAGUGGUGGUGAAAUCAACUGCUAAAAAUAGGCAUUCGUUCAUCUGCCGUUCCUCCAACGCUCUCUGACAAAUCUCAAAGACUAAGAGAAAAUGGAUGCCUUUUCCUGGUUGAGGGACAAAGCCAAAGGGAAGAACAACAAUCGACAGCAGAACAUGAUGGGUGAGAGCCAGUCGACACAGUCGGGGCUAUCCUAUACCCCCAAGAAGCACGCCAUCACGGAGGACUAUGAGAUCACCAAGAAGGUCUUGGGACUAGGAAUCAACGGGAAAGUGCUGGAGUGCCACAACAAACAGUCGGGGCAUAAAUACGCACUCAAAGUACUUCUGGAGAACCAGAAAGCACAGAGGGAGGUGGACCUCCACGUGAGGGCAUGCAAGAACUACAACAUCGUCGGCAUUGAGGAUGUGUACGAGAACAUUUAUAAUGGUCACAGGUGCCUUCUAGUUGUCAUGGAAUGCAUGGAAGGCGGUGAACUGUUCAGCAGGAUACAAGAGAAAUCGUUAUUCACAGAGCGGGAGGCAGCGGAGAUCGUCCGCAACAUUGGCCUUGCCAUCCAGCACCUCCACGCCAUGAACAUUGCCCAUCGGGACCUGAAGCCCGAGAACCUGCUGUACAAGGACAAGAGCAAGAACACGGUGCUCAAGCUGACCGACUUUGGCUUUGCCAAGAUGACCACUACGGCCACGCUCCAGACACCAUGCUACACGCCUUACUACGUGGCCCCUGAGGUUCUUGGGCCAGAGAAGUAUGACAAAAGCUGUGACAUGUGGUCGCUAGGAGUCAUCAUGUACAUAUUGCUAUGCGGCUUCCCACCAUUCUACAGCAACCACGGCCUGGCCAUUUCCCCCGGCAUGAAGCGCCGGAUCCGCAACGGUCAGUACGAGUUCCCCAAGCCGGAAUGGGACAAGGUGUCACAGGAGGCCAAGAGCCUCAUCAACCAACUGCUCAAGACAGAGCCCGCUGACCGGCUGACCAUCACGGAGUUCAUGAACCACACAUGGGUCAGGAAAUACAAUGAAGUACCCGAGACACCGCUGUGCUCCGUUCAAGUCAUGAAGGAGGAGAAAGACCAGUGGGAAGACCUGAAUGAUGAGAUGACGAAUGCCCUGGCCACGAUGAGGGUAGACUACGACCAGAUCAAGAUCAAGGACAUGAGCGACGCCUCCAACCCUCUCCUGAUGAAGAGGCGAGUCCAGAAAGAGCAGCCGGUCAAGUCAUGAUUACCCUCAGCCUAGCCGACCUCCUCCCUCAAGAUUGUUUAAAGUUUUGACCCCCGUUCCCUCUUGACCCUGACUCGGCAUGUCGAGACAUGCUCACCAGGCACUGCCUACCCUUUGAAGGUAGUCAACGUCUCCCUGUUCCCAAUGCCCUUUUCCUUAAAGAGUCAAGAUUUGAAGGCUCAAACCUCCUUUCAGAAGUUUGUCAGAGUCGAGUCCAUCACAAGUCCAUCAAAGUGAAGUCCAUCCAAAUUCCAUCACAAGUCGUCCAUGACAAGGCCAAAAGCAACUCCAAGGCUACUAAGGAACAAAGACAGGCACAAGUAUUGCUUGCCUCUGUACCCCAAAAGGGUACCGGUGGGGGUAAGUGCUAUACAUUGCCUAAUCUGAAAGCAUCCUGGAGAGACUCGAUGAAGAACCUCUUCAUCAAGGAUGGGGUGAUCGCAAUAUCUCUACUUUUACCCCAACAAAGGAAAGAAUAGCAACUAUCGUCUUUGUCCCAGUUCAUCGUAAUAGCUUGUGACUGGAGUUGGGACGGGAUAGCUUGUGCUGGACUUGUGAUAGCUUAUGAAGACUUGUGAUGGACUUGUGAUGACUUGUGAGGACUUGUGAGGGACUUGUGUGUAACACUGUUUGUAACCCUCCCCUCUCCCAUUGUCUCAAGUUAGUUAUUUUUCCCCACCAUUUUACCUCAUGCUACCUUCAGUUACUGUAAAUCUGUUUUCCAGUUAUAUGAGCACUUUCCUGGAUGAACCUUCUUUAACCCUAACCCCCUUGAGUGUUUUACUAGGAACCUUCCUCACACCUGCAAAUUCCAACACCAUAUGGUAACUCAACACCCAAACUGUUGGACUCUGAUUAUGGUGGUAUGCCUGACCCCAUGUAAAUCAUAAUCAGUUUACUAGUGCAGUCCUCACUCCAACAUAUUCCAACAAACCCUGGUGUUGGAGUUUGACUGGAUGGGAUCGUUAGGGUUAAUGAAAGGGCCGGUUCUUAUGUCUCUGGGUCUUUCAACUUCAAAGUUCCUUGCACAGGAAAGUUAUUUAAGCCCUUGGACACUCCAACAAAGAAGGUUUUGCCUUCGUAUAUUUCAUGGAGUUAAUUAAGUACUUGUGCUGGCUAAAGCCAAAAUGUUUGUGAUAAAUUAAGGUCAUAGACAAGUGUACUUUGUUUCAAAAUUUUCCCGUGAAUAUUUGUUUUUCAGAAUGUUUGAGUGGUUCCUUGUAUAAACCACACUUCACACAGAAAUAUCGUAUUGUUUUUAUGAACACGAGGGUAAAGAAGUUAGAUAUUUUUUAAACCAAAUUACCCUUGAAAUGACAUGCACUGGUUUUUCCAAGCGGAAUUUCUUUGCAAGACUUUAAAGUGUGUGAAGAAAGGGGCAAAAUAUUGCCUGUGUAAAUACAUUGUAUACUUAGAUAUAAUCAACUACAGAACUGGAUUUUGGGGCUUCAGUCGAUUGUGAAAAAAAAAGAGGUACGUUUUAGAUUAGACUUUUCAGAACCCACUGAUUUAGAAACAUUUUCUAAGCUAUUAUGGGUGUUUCUGUAAAACGUUAUGAUGCCAAAAAGGGCUACUCCACUAUCUGCCCUUCACCGAUACAUUUCAUAAUGUUGGCAAGCUUACUUGGGUCGGACUCCAGCAGGGGUCUUCUGGUAAAUGGGCAAACCCAAUAUUGAAUUCACGUCACCCAAUGCAAAUUCCAUGUUAUAAAUAGACUACAAUACACACAAACAGUCUCUUUAUAGUAGAGGCCCGUGAUCCAUUUCUGUAGUGUUCAAAGUAAACGUACAAGUUUUUGUAUUAACAAGUAAAUAAUGUGCAGAACGAGUGCCAAUGUAAUGUAUUGAAUGUAAGGAGAACUAAGUCAUUGUUAUAUAUACAGAUGUAAAAGCAUAUUUCAACGGCAACGAACCUGUCUCAUAUUGAAGAUCAUUCUGUUGCCAAGGGGCUCCUUGCACAAGUACCCCCCUCAAUAGUAAGAUAGGGAGAGUUUGGGGAGACCACCGGGGGAGACAUUCGAAGGCAUGGUCUAUGAUGCCUGAUGCUCAUGGGAAGAUGCUAUGCGAACCAAUAGGCGUAUACAGAGUUUCCCAGCUACUGGGCUCUCAAGAAAUGAUCAAAAGUACCCUCACUUGUUCACGCAUGGAGCCCAUAGCAAAGAAACUUGAUGGUGUGUAUUUAUCUUUUCUGAUUUUAAUAUAUUAAGUAUGUUAUCUUAUUUGCUUUCUUAAAAAACAACAUUGGUUGAUUUGUACACAAUGCUUAAUUAAACAAUAAGAAAUAGCAGUUUUUAUUUGAAAUCGAUUUUUUUUUACGAGUCAAGUACGUGAUUACGCUCACCGUUGUGAUUGAAUAUUUUUAGCUUUUAUAACAGCAUUGUUUGUUUAACCAGAUACCUUAACAGUUCAUCCUAAUCAUGUGCCUAUAAAUGUGUAGGCUUAAUUCUAGUAAUUAAUCCAAUAUCGCUGGUGCUGUGUGUGGUGACUGGUUUCAACCAGAUGAUUCUGCAUCAAGUGUCUGCUUGCAAGUAGACCAAUCUAAAAAAAAAAACAACCCUUGAUUAUUUUGUCUGCCGUUAUUUAUGUCUGACAUGCGUGCACAAAUGUCUGGCAUGCAUGCAAGAAAAUAUGAUGCGCAUGGCUGAAACAUAUAGUUUGGCAAUGGAGAGGCACGUGUUCCAACCCAAAUACGAAAUGGGCGGAGCCUAAAGGAUCGAUCUAACGAUAUGAUGUAAAGCCGUGUCCCAAUUACUUGGCUAUAGCUAGAUAUUGCACACACGCCUAUUGAAGCGGCUGCAGCCACUAAGCAUAGAACUGUGUUAUAUUUUCAGCCGUAACCAAGUACUUUGGAUUCGGCCUUAUAGACGUAUUAGUGUCCACAACAGUGUAAAGUAUGUGUCCUCAAUUUUGUGCUGGGGGGGGGGGGGUGUAAAUAGCUCGGUGUCGGAGAAUGAGCACACAUACGAGUGGAAGUCUUGGUGUGUUUCAAGCAAACUUCAGGUUUUCAACGGUCUCGGCCAUAGUCUUAGCCUUAUCCAUUUACUCUUUUUUUUUCACAAGUACCCGUUAGAGGUGUAUAUCUAGGAACUCAAAUCUUAUCUUCAGGUGGUCUCCAUUAGAAGUGUACUCGGUGUUUAACAACUCAGUUGUAUCAUGUGAUUUGACUGUCAAGUCACGUGACCCGUCAGGUGUUUUGUUUUUUAAAGUCACCAUUUUAAUCUGGUAUUUUUACUUUCUAUUAGAAUGUUGCAUUUUGUUCUUAUAGCCUGUACCACUGCAAAGCCUGUGUUGUAAGAUUUUGUAAAGCACAUCGUGAGAGAGGUUUUGUUAAAAAAGUAAUUAAUUGUGCUUUAAAAAAAAGAAAAAAUGAUUUUUGCUCCUCAUUAACAAAAAAAUUUGAAAAAAAAACCAUUUUAGAUCUACUUAUAUGAUCGGUUUCGUGAAACUGUUACGCAGUUAAAUUUUGUUAAGCGCAAACAAAAUUACUUAGCAAAAUCAGCCAGCAUGCCCUGCACAGUGUUUUGCUUUGAUGUUUGUUGACGGACAAAUCCGCUAAGCAACAUUUAUUUUCUGCUAACCGCAGCUCUAUGAAACUGGCCUAAGGUCAUCAUGAAUGAAAUCUAAAGUAACCCAUUUCUAAAACAUGCAGGGAAUUUUGUAAAUUAAAAAAAAAAACUAGGUUGAUUAGGCGAACUUGUACUUUUUCGUGGAGAGACCUUUUCUCCAAAGAUUAUACCAUUUUAAACCUUUUUUCCACUUAAAAAAGUAUUUUUCUCGAUGUUGCAUUGUGUAAAAAAAACUAAAAAGAAAUUCUUAGUAAUGAGUAAUACCCCUUAUGUACAUACUAGGUAGGAAUUUUUGAAGGAAGAAUAGGGAACAAUGGAUGCAUAGUUGCCAUUUUAUGAGAAUAAACCGAGUCUUAAUCGAGGUCUCAAAGA